CAAAACGAGUCUCUAGUUUUACGAUUCGCCAUUAUCUGUUCUACGCAAAAUAAACUGGUCUUUUUAUAUCCCAAACCCCUCUUCUACUGUCGAAAUUUUGCACUAUAUUAUAUCGAGCUAUCAUCAUUACCUUGAGCCUCCAGCCUUCCUAUCAACCUCAUUACAAUAAGAAAUACUUGCAAAGUAGUAUAUAUUCUUUUUUAUUCUUCUUGCUCAUCUAUCUACAUUUCAGAAUAAGAGAAUGAACAUCCUCUAUUAAAUUUAGGUUACUAUUGCUGACCUGUAUACAAAAGAACAGUCCUCAAACCCACUAUCAACAAAGCCUACCUGAGAAUUGAGCUUAUUAUAAUGUCUGAGGUAAGGAUUUAUUUGAUCAAUAUCUAUAUUUUUACAAACCCUGAUGCGAUGAACGCAGGCUGCACAAAUCAACGAUGUACAAACCAACGAUGGAGCAUACAAAUUUCUCACAUACAAGAUAUUUGGCGCAGUUGAAUAUGAGAGAUAUAUGUCAUGGGAGGCUGAUGAGGUUGGAAUUGAUGAACCUGACAAAGGUUGUAAAAGUAUUGGACAAAAUUUUGUGAUUUCUAAAAGAUUUGGUGCAGAGGUAAAGGUAGAGAACAGAAGUCUUCCUGGGGGGUGGUUUGUGAGUGUGAUGGAUGCGAAAUUUAAAUCGGUGGCAGCAAAACCCUAAAUAAGCUAUUGUCUGGAAACUACAAUGUUUAGGGGAUAGGUCUUAGAAUUGAUGAGUUGUUCGUUAGGAAGCAAGAUGAUCAUAAGGAUUCAAGGAUCUAAAUACAAAUG